AUGACCCGGCCAUGGCGCGGGACUCACCUGGCCUUCCUUACCUGCGCCGUGCUCCUACUCAGCGAGCCACAGGCGUGGCGGCGCUCCAGCGGCUCACAUCGGCCUCUUGAAGGAUGCGCAGUCCUUCACAGCCCUGGCCUUCCAGCUGCAAAGAAGUCUUGGCUGCGCACGGGCAUGUUUGUGGACGCGAUGGCCGGGCCGAAGACCUGGAAGCCCUGCCGCGUUCUCCAUGUGACUACCGAUGGCAAGGUGUGCCACGUGGUCUACACCGAAACGAACAAUGUUGAGCGGAAUGUGGAUGUCAAGGACAGGAUCAAGGCGACUCGGGACACGUUUGCGAGGUACGAGGCCAGUCGGUUGGAGGAGUCUUCCCUGGUUCCAGGAGUUCGCGUGACGGGGGUCGUCACAAAGCUGGAUGACUUUGCCGCCUUUGUGGACAUCGGCUCCGAGACUGAAGCUUUCCUGGGCUACCUGGAAGCAAACUUGAGCGAUCUGAAAGUUGGACAGGAGGUGGCCGGCGAAAUUGCCGCCCAUCGAAGCGGCAGAUAUCAACUAGCAGCAGAAGGAACCUUCAGCAGCGAGGACAAGGCCCUCCAUCGACUGCACGCGUGGGUUGUGGAUGCCGACAGAUUUUGCUUGCACGUGAAUGUUGAGGCACCAGGCGCUGUUGACCCAGUUCAGGGCGUAGUCCAUGCAAAUGAGAUUCGGGACGGCUACGUGGGAGACGCCCGGUCGGAGAGACAGGUGGGCGAUGAAGUGCAGGUUCGAGUGUUGGAGGUAGAUGUCCCAUCCAAGCGUCUGGUUCUUUCCAUGCGGCACGACUACUCGAAUGCCUGGAAGGUCAGCACCGACACAGUGCGCCAGGUGACCAGCUUGCCUCGGCGCAAGUUGUUCAAAGCAACGGUGGAGGUUGAGACUGCCGCCGGAUACCUGGUCUCGGUGGAUCUGUUGGGUGACAGAGACCCAGUUCGCGCGUUGCUACCGGCAGCUUGGGCGCAGCCCCCGCCACCCAUUGAUUCCAAGAUUAGGGUCCGAGUGGCUGAUGUUGAUGAGGCAGCGGGGAGAAUUCUCGUGGCUGCUGCGCAGUCCUCCGCUGGAAAGAAAAAAUGCCUGCGGCCUCGCCGUGGAUGA